GGCUGCUCCGGGCGCCGUUGUUUGGGCUCUGGGCCUCCCGCGGGGCGUUCUCCGGGGGCCCGCCGGUGCAGGCCGCAGUGACAGGGCCGCUCGCCCGGCGCCCCCGCGUCGUUCCCGGUGCGGCGUCCGCUCGCGGCCCCCGCGACCCCGCAGGCCCAACAUGGCGCAGGAGGUGUCGGAGUACCUGAGCCAGAACCCGCGAGCGGCCGCCUGGGUGGAGGCGCUGCGCUGCGACGGCGAGACUGACAAACACUGGCGCCACCGCCGGGAGUUUCUGCUCCGCAACGCCGGGGACCUGGCCCCCGCCGGCGGCGCCGCCUCCGAUGACACGGAGGGCGCCGCGGACGCCGAGGGCGGGCGCCGCAGUCGGCAGCUGCAGCAGCUCAUCUCCUUUUCCAUGGCCUGGGCCAACCACGUCUUCCUCGGGUGCCGGUACCCUCAAAAAGUUAUGGAUAAAAUACUUAGUAUGGCUGAAGGCAUCAAAGUGACAGAUGCUCCAAUCCAUACCACCCGAGACGAACUGGUUGCCAAGGUGAAGAAAAGAGGGAUAUCAAGUAGCAAUGAAGGGGUAGAAGAGCCAACGAAAAAACGAGUUGUAGAAGGAAAAAACAACUCUGCAGUUGAGCAAGAAGAUCACGCAAAAACUUCUGCCAAACCAGAACGUGCGUCAGCUCAGCAGGAAAACAGCCCAGCGAGUGCCGGGUCCUCCGCCAAGUCGGAGAGUGGCGGGAGCUCCACACGGAGCUCAGGCACUUCGAGUCAGAGCAGCUCCACGGCCGACGGAGAGCCAUCUGUCUCCAGCCAAAGCAGCAGCAGCGUUUCUUCUCAGGUAACCGCGGCAGGGUCUGGGAAAGCUUCUGAACCGGAAGCCCCAGAGAAACGAGGGUCCGCGUCCCUGGUCUCUGCGCUGUUGAAAUCCAGUGUGAAUAGUCAUGUGAGCCCGCCCGCAGAUGCCGGUCAACAAAGCGGAUCGCCUAAAAAGAGUGCUUUGGAAGGCUCUUCAGCCUCAGCUUCUCCCAGCAUCUCAGAGAUCGAGGUGCCCUUGUUGGGCUCCUCGGGAAGCUCAGAGGUAGAGUUGCCACUGUUGUCUUCUAAAGCUAGUUCAGAGACAGCUUCCAGUGGGGUAACUUCCAAAACCAGUCCAGAGGCAAGUGUUUCAUCAUCAGUUUCUAAAACCAGUUCCUCGUCAGGCACAUCCUUACUAACUCCCAAGAGCAGCACGUUAGCAAAUACAUCAAUGCUGACUUCCAAAAGCACUUCGCAGGUAGCGGCGUCACUGUUAGCUUCCAAGAGCAGCCCCCAGAGCAGUGCAUCUCUUGUUUCUAAAAGCACUUCCUUAGCAGGCAUGUCGCAGCUGGCAUCUAAGAGUAGUUCUCAGACUAGCACAUCCCAGUUGCCUUCUAAAAGUACUUCCCAGCCAAGCGAAACGUCUGUCAGAUUCUCGUGUUGCAAGUUAACCAAUGAAGAUGUGAAACAGAAGCAACCUUUUUUCAACAGACUCUAUAAAACGGUGGCGUGGAAGUUGGUAGCUGUUGGUGGCUUUAGUCCCAAUGUUAAUCAUGGCGAGCUCCUAAAUGCGGCCAUUGAGGCUCUGAAAGCAACGCUGGAUGUGUUUUUCGUCCCACUAAAAGAACUGGCAGAUCUGCCUCAAAAUAAGAGCUCUCAAGAAAGUAUUGUUUGUGAAUUGAGAUGCAAGUCUGUGUAUUUGGGCACUGGCUGUGGAAAAAGCAAAGAAAAUGCAAAGGCAGUUGCAUCAAGAGAAGCAUUGAAGUUAUUUCUCAAGAAAAAGGUGGUGGUAAAAAUAUGUAAAAGGAAGUACAGAGGCAGUGAGAUAGAAGACCUAGUGCUCCUUGAUGAAGAAUCAAGGCCCAUAAACUUACCUCCAGCAUUAAAACAUCCUCAAGAAUUGCUAUAAUAUGUGCAAAAUAACACUAUACAGUAUCUGGUAUUGUCAGAGAAAAACUGGCUUUUGUAUAAUGUAAACACAGGCUUUCACAACUUUUAUAUUGCUUUUUUUCCAGUUUUGCAGAAAACUUACAUUCUCGUCCUCACACAGUAGAACUUGUAAAUAAUUAAUUAAUUAAUGGCAGUACACAUUAAAAAGUAUGCAUUAACAGCAUACCAGUAUGCUGUUGUAUUUGCUCAAGAAAAUACUGUCUUCUAUUUUUAAUGAUACAUUAGGUACGAUGUGUAGUUCUAUAGAGUCUUAAAACUUUUGUACUACUGUUGAUUUGAUGAAAAUGUAUUGGGUUGUCUGCCAUGCUUUUUUUCCCUAGUGGAAUCAUCCUCCCACAUUAAGCAAAGGGGACCAUAGUAUUUACGUGUCUGAAAGUCUGAAGCUUAAGGUUUUAAGAAUGUUGCCCAUAAUGUUGAACAUGUCUGUUAAAGAAUAAAAGAAAAAAUAGUUGCCUCGGACUAUUUUUAUGAGAAGUUGUAAACAUUUUUUUGAUACAAAGCAGUAUAAAGUACUUAAGGUUAUUUUAUUCUGAAGUUGUUUAAAAUUCACCAUGAUUUUGACCGCUGCAGAUUCUUUAAGUGGGUUAAUAAUUUAUGUUUUGAGGUAAAAUACAAUUUACACUUUUUCUUAAAAGACAUAAAUGUGGGUUUCUAUAUUAAGCAUAUUUUGUGACUACUGCUAUUAACAGAUUGAUUUGUUUAGAUAUUAAAUGCUUUAAGCUAUUUUACCUUUUCAAGAAGUUGUGUUUUUUUUUCUCCCGUGAGUCAGAACCAAUUCCUGCAAGUGAGUGUCCCGCUGCCGGUCAUCAUAAAUGAGAGCCACGUCAUUUUUCAUAGCUGAUUUUCUACACAACUGGAGAAGAAGGUGCGGUUUGCAAAUCUAGAACCGCGUGGUUUUUCUGUGUUCACAUCUUAAGAAAAUACUGCGAUGAAUAGGGAGCCACACUCAGCUCUUUAAUGAGCCUGUUCAAUUGAAUUAUGCUUAUUCGUAAUGAAAUGGAAUCCUGUUUUUGUCUUCGGUGACUCUAACUGUGUUACUUUACCACAGUACAUUGUGUUUCGUUUUUCUUCAGACUCGGGCCCAAUGUUUGUUAUCGUUGCGGCUUUCCUUCUGGCUUUCGGGAUGCCGCACCCUGAGCAGUGCUGGGGAUAAUGUACAGAGAAAAAUCGAGAAAUGACCUUUCUCACACGCCAGUUGUAUUAGACUAGGAAAACUGAAUGCGCGGAGCACAAUUUAAGUAUGUAGGAGUCAUUUCUAUUUUACGUUCUAGAAAUAGACAAGGAUACUUUAUAUGCUUGAAACCAAGAGUAGUUUUAUUUCAGCAGAUAACCUUUAGAAAUUACUAACGUGAGGGUGUUAGAUGUCAGAGAGAGGUCCACGUUCUGGAAGUGGGUUGUGAGAAGCAAUGACGUGAGUGCGUCAAAGCACUCUUAAUUACCUGGCUUUCCUUAGCUUUGAGUGUGUGACAAUGAUUGUCAGAAGGGCCAGCCCAAUACUACAAAGGGUAAAUUUCUAUAAUAUAUCUAAUUAGGCAGUUUGGUGACUUGCUAAAUUGGCUUGUUUCAAGUUAACAGAAAGGUUACUGAAAAUAUUUUAAAUUCUAGUAACAUUUGGGUGUGGUAGAAUUGGAGGACGCUGCUUAGUAUAAAAACAAAUAUUGUUUAACUUGUAAAGAUUUAUAUGCUAUAAACUUAUUAAAAGUUUAUAAAAUAACCAGAUUUUAAAGAAUCCAUGAUUUAAGAAAAGUGCAUAUUUUGUAAUUCAAGAGAGUAUAGUGCAGAAGAAAACAAGUUUUGGGAUCUGUUGUUCUUGAGAAUCUAGGCUCCUUCUGGGAAUUGAACCUUUGACUUCAUCUGUAAAGUAGGACUAACAGCUGCCUCAGAGAGCAUGGGCAAAAGGAUACAUUUAAAGUUCCCACUGUAGUGCAAUGUACCUUAGUUUAUUAACUGCUCAUGUAUGUGUUCUGACUGCCUCACAGCCUUCUGGCUAGCUAUUCUCCUUUGGCCCACUUUUCAGAUGGAA